AAUGCAAAGGAUUCUUUGAUAAUAAGAAGACAAAAGCAAGCAAAAGCAACCAGAGAAAACCAAGAAACAAACUUGUAACUGAAAACAAAACCCAGAAAAAAAAAAAAGAAAGAGAAACCAAAAUGGAAGAUGAUCUGUAUGAUUAUGUUUUCCAUGACAAUGCCAAAAUUUUCGACAACGUUAAUUUAUGUUCCGGAGGUUCAUCUUUUCUUUCUAAUAACCAGGCUCAAGAUGAAUUCUCUAUGUUUCUUCAUCAGUUUAUGUACCGUUCACCAUCCAAAAACACUACUUCUUGUGUUAUGGCUGACACUGGGCUGUACACACUGGAUAACAUUCCUCAGCCUUUGAUCACUUCACAAGGGUUCUUCACCGGUGAUCCGGUGAAUAUGUUGUCCACUGGUGAGCUUUUAUUGGGGAAUGUGAAAGUCUGUGGAGAUAACGUGCUGUCUUUAAGUGCUGGAGUUACUGAGAACGAAACGGUUAAUGAGCCUGACUGUGAAAGUGAGGAGGUUAUUGAAGCUUUGACUCAUCAUGCUUCACCAAAGCCACCUACUGUUCGUGGUUCAAAGAGAACAAGAGCUGCAGAGGUGCACAAUUUAUCGGAAAAGAGAAGGAGAAGCAGGAUUAACGAGAAAAUGAAAGCAUUGCAGAACUUAAUUCCAAACUCUAACAAGACAGACAAGGCAUCAAUGCUUGACGAAGCAAUCGAAUACCUCAAGCAGCUUCAGGUCCAGGUGCAGGUAUUAACACUGAAAAAUGGAUUUACCUUAAAUCCCAUGGCCUUCCCUGCAUUGGUGCAGCAUUUUCAACUCUCUGAAGUGAGAAUGGAUUUUAAUAGGGAAAAUGGAUCUCCGCAAAUGAACACAACAGGAACACUUACUCUGAACCAAAAAACUCCGUCACAGAACAUCAUCAGUCUGCCGAGCCAUUGCAGUGCCUUGAAUCGGCUACAUGUACCCAAUAUGUCAAGUAUGAUCAAUUCAGAAACCUCAUUUGGGUUGGAUUCAUCAAUCGUCCAUACUCACUUUGGUCCCUUCCAUCUCAGCACCUCAUCUGGGGUUUGCAAUGUGAAGGUAACAAGUGGGCAAGACAUGUUGCAACAUCAACAACUAAAUGUGAACCAUUCAGAGACAAAUCCCUCAGAAUUUGAAAUUGGAAGCACAUCUACAGCUUUGCUUCCAUUUAAUACACAAGCUUCUGCUGCGAAGAACAGCGGCUCAUUAGAAGCAUGCAUGAUAGGUAGAGACCAGACUGAAGGUGUGCACUUGAAGAAUAUGGAGUGCAAUCUUAUACUUUCCCCUCACUUGACUGGCAUGCAAACCGGAAGAAACGUCCAUGGUGAUGAUAUCAAGCUUGAAAGGAAGGAUUUCUGAAGUUUACUGGACCGAUGUACUUACUUAACCUCUUGGACUUAGUGCAGCUACAUUAACUGCCAGCUUUAGUAUUUCUUUAAAUCACUUUCGAAGCCUCGAAUGUGUAG